GUCAUGUCGAGCCUCUUCAGCAGCAUCAUCCUCCUCAUCCUCCUCAUCCUCAUCAUGGCUCUCACAGCGCGCGCACACACGGCUAACUGAUGAUGGAUUUAUUUGGCGGAGGCGAGCUGGGGCUGCUGGGAGGAGGGGAGGGACUGAGGGACGACGUGGGCGUGGCCGGGAUCAGCUGGUCGGCCAGUCGGCUGCCGCACGACAUGUAUCCUGCGUCGGGAUUGGCUCUGGCGGCCGCCUAUCACGACAUCAAGACCCGGCUGGCCAGCCUGGAGCGAGAGAACAGCAGCAUCAAGAGGAAGCUGAAGCACUAUGAGGUCAAGUUUCCGAUGAUCAGUGAAUUCGGGGAGGAGAGGACGCUGUGCUGUUCCUGUGAGCCCGUCGUCAAGGAUACGAGCGCCAUCCAAUCAGAAACCACCAACCUGCAGCAGAGGAUCAACUCUCUGACUCAGGAGCUCCAGAAGAGUAAGGAGAGGGAGGAGAGGUUGGAGGACGUCAUCCAGGCGUAUGAGAAGAUUCACCUGGAGAAAAGCAAUGUGCAGAGAGACCUUGACAAGAUGACCACUCUGGCAGAGCAGCACGUGGAGCGGAUCCGCAGUCUGGAGUCGGCUCUCCGACAGAGAGAAGCGUCUCUGCAGAAACUCAGCGCUCAGCUACGCAGCAAAGACGCUCAGCUGCACACGAGCCUGGACGUCCCGAGAGAGGGCCGCGGCCCCACGCUGCAGAGCUCCCGCAGUCUGGACGCCCUGUCUGACCUGAAGCUGCAGCGGCUGGAGGCGGAGCUUGAGGGGGCGCGGCACCAGGUGGAGGGGGCGUGUCAGCGCGAGAAGGAGCUGAGGGCGGAGUUUCAGAGGCUGCAGCAGGAGGUCGCCCAGCUUCAGGAAGCCCAGACGCAGGAGCUGGCCCCGCCCUGCGAGCACUGUGACGUCGAGUGGAUCAAGAAGGCGGGAGACGAGCAGGUGAACUUGGCGCUGGCCUACACGGAGCUCACAGAGGAGCUCGGUCGUGUUCGUGAUCUGGCUGCCAAGCAGAGCGAGCUGCUGCGACAGGCCUCCCAGGAGCCAGUCUCCCGUCCUCAGCGUCUCUCGCCCACCUCCCCCCAGCGCCCCUCCCUCUCCCCCGAGAGGCUCCUCCCCUCCCCCUCGCCUCCGAUGUCCCCGAGCGAUGGCCCCGCCUCUUACUCCCACCGGCCAACCAGCAGCCGUCUCCGGGCAAAGUUCCAGGGUCGCCGUAGUUACUCAGAGGUGUCGGACCCCUCGGCCCUCCAGAGGCCCCCGGCUCGCCUCAUCAGGGACCCAGUAUCCACCCUCCCCAAGCCCCGGCCCCUGUUGGGGGAGACGGGGGUCUACGCUCAGAGCAGACCCCAGCUCCGGACCUCCAUGGUGGGCCUGGUGAGACCGGCCUCGGCCCACGGAGCUGGAGGGGACCGGGGGGGAGGAGGAGGAGAGCGAGGAGGGGGGAGCAGCCUCAGCAGCAGUCCCCACCAUCGGGCUCUGGACCUCGGCUUCCCGCUCGCUGCUGAGGUCCAUCAUUUCUGUCGCCUUGACGACCCUCCUGAGCCAACCCCAUUGGUGACUCCGCCCCAGUCCUCUGAUGAGGAAGAGGAGUGGGUGUGUCCAUCUCCAGCCACCAGCCCAUCUCGGACGCUGGGCGCUGCAGGGAUUGGCUCAUCGUCUCCUAGGGAACAGCCCCCCCACCACUCCUUCUCGUCUCCUAGGGAACAGCCCCCCCACCCCUCCUUCUCGGCCCCUGAGGGCCCGGCCACGCUCUCCUGCCACAUGCCUCACUACAUGAACACUGAGCACGCUCAGUCGUGGCCCUCCAUUAACUUAUGGAUGGAGUCGGAGGAGAGCGCCGUUCGAAGCUGUCCCCUGUGUCAGCUGACCUUCCCCACCGGUUACCCCGACGACGCCCUCAUCAAGCACAUCGACUCCCACCUGGAGAACAGCAAGAUCUGA